CUGGGGAAACUGAGAUAAGCAAAGGAAAGUCAACAGUGCUAGAAAUGAAGUGACUAUAUUCGAAGGUGAAAGGUUGGUAGGGAGGAUCCAGAGCUGUCCCGGCAGUUUAUAUAAAGGAAGACGAGCAAGUUUUCGCCCUUGACUUCCAAUAUUCUGCCACAUCAAGGAAGAUUUGAUCUAAGAAAGGAUAUACCCACCUCUGAGCCCAAAAUGUUCCUCUUCACUAUUGUCGUGUGUGUGUUCUACACGGUCACUAAUGCAGCUUCCAGUUCUUCAGGAACUUGCUAUGUCCCGAGUGAUCGGCAAUGGUUGGUUAAAGGCCUCCAGACUCAACUGGAAAACUCUGCAACCUGCCCGCAGAGUAAACCUGAUCCCAGUGUCCUGAUUGCUUUGAACCUGGCUGAAGACCACAAUCUUAGUGUGAUAACACAGCUGGUGAGGCAGAUAAAAGAAACAGCUGGAACAGAGAUGACCUCUGGCAAAGUGGCCCUUUAUGUCCUAGCUCUUCGGUCCUCCUGUGAGAAUCCUGCUGAUGUCAGCACACCAGAAAAACAUGUCAACCUGGUGCAAGUCCUUGAGGAGAAAACAAAGGAAGAGAUUAACCAUAUCCAUACCACUGGGACUCCCAAGACAACUUACUACCAAUUGGCUCUAGAUACUUUGGCUCUGUGUGUAGAAAAAAGUCCAGAAUUAGAAAUUACUGCCACCACCCUGGCCAAGGCCGCCCUGAAUAAUAGUUUCCAAUUCGAUGGUCGUUACUCUGUAGAUACUGGUGCCGUAGCAAGUCUAGCACUAUUCUGUGUGUAUGAAGGAAGGAUCUCUUCUCAGCAGAGCAAAAUUACAGGAACGAUACAAGCAGCCUUAACCCUCAUCACAGAGCAAAUCCUUAAUGAACAGCAGACUAAUGGCCUCCUUGGAAAUAUCUAUAGCACUGGCCUUGCAAUGCAGGCUCUCAGUGUUACCUCUGAGUUCUACUCUGCUAAUGCAUGGAACUGCCCAAAGACUUUGAACGAAGUGCUGAGUAAGAUCAUUGAGGGAGCCUUUAGCACUCCAGCUGCUGCUUCUCAGAUCCUGCCUUCUCUGGUGGGCAAAACAUAUUUGGAUGUGAAGGGUCUCACUUGCAGCUCUGAAACUGUCACAGUGCAUUAUACUGUAAUCAAUAAGCUAAUAGGACCUCACUUCAGGUAUUCCACAACUGUGAAAGUGCCAAAGGGUUCUGUGCUGCUUGCUGUCUUGGAAGCAGCUCAACAACUUAAUGCAAAUGAAUUCAGCUUUCAAACAGAGGAGACAUCUUGGGGCCCCAUGGUCACCUCUAUCAAUGGCCUCCAAGGCAGCACCAAUGAAAAGACCUACUGGCAGUUCCUCAGUGGCAAAACACCCCUUGAACAAGGUGUUGGCAGCUACAAACCGAGAGAUAAUGAGCUAAUUGUGGCCAUCUUCAGUAGAUACUGAACUAUUACCUGUCCUAUAAUAAAGAACUGAGAUUCGAGUCUGUAUUUAUCAGAUGAUCUCCCUUCCAGUCAAAAAGUUAUGGCAACUUAGAGCCAAGCCUUUCUCAUGAAAUUUGAUAUGUUACAGUUCUGGCAAGAUGAUAAUAAAAUGGUGAUUUGUGUGCAUUGUUCUGUAUGUUUAAAAUUGUUUAAUAACUAAAUGCCAACAACACUAAAGUACUGAUUUCUUUCACAUUCACAAAGCAAAUCAUUUUUGCUAGGCCAAAAUAUGUUACAUGACAACAUAA